GGCACACGUGAGAGUUCCUCGACGUUGGACCCCUGUUGGCACCUGUUUGAAUUGAUUCGCUGGGAGGGUUCCUCUGCCAACAUUUGGUGUGGGCGGCUGAGGCGGUCAGCCACCCAGCGGCUGCUCUGAUCGGGUGUCGGGCAUAUCAGAUGGACUUGCCACGGUCACUCAUCCACCAUCAUCCAAGACAUCUUGUGACAGUAUAUCAUUUUUGCUUUGUGUAGCACGUAUUCUGCAUUUUUUGUAUCACAUUGUUUUGCUGGUAUUUGCGUUCAUUGCGUUGAUAGAGAAGCACCGCAGACACGAUGAGGCUAUCGUCGGUUGCAGUGAGCGCUGCAGCGUUGCGGGGGGCCUUGGCGUGGGGAGGCUUCGGUCACAUUACCGUCGCCUAUAUCGCCUCCAACUUCGUCUCUGACUCCACCACCUCCUAUCUUCAGACCCUCCUCCGCAAUGACACCGGCGACUACCUCGCCGGCGUUGCUACCUGGGCAGAUUCUAUCCGGUACACCAAAUGGGGCCGCUUCACCUCGGGCUUCCACUUCAUCGACGCCCAUGACAAUCCGCCGACCUACUGCGGCGUAGAUUACGACCGUGACUGCAAGAAAGAAGCCGGUUGCGUGGUCAGCGCUUUGCAGAACUACACCUCCCAGCUUCUUGACACUGAGCUUCCACUCUGGCGGCGAGCACAGGCAGCAAAGUUUGUGGUUCACUUUGUUGGUGAUAUUCACCAACCGCUACAUACCGAGGAUGUGGCGAGGGGAGGCAACGGAAUUCAUGUUACGUUUGAAGGAAAAGAGCUGAACUUGCACCAUGUGUGGGAUACGAGCAUUGCCGAGAAGUUGGUGGGCGGCAUUCGCAGGAAGCCGUAUCCGUUUGCGAAGAAAUGGGCCGACGAGUUGACGGAGGAGAUCAAGAGUGGGAAGUACGCGGCGGAGAGCAAGUCCGGCUGGCUAAGGGGGACGAAUAUCACGGAUCCGAUUGCUACGGCUCUAGGGUGGGCGGUUGAGGGCAAUGCGUUGGUUUGCACUACCGUAUUGCCAGAAGGCGCGGAAGCCAUCGAGGGCCAGGAGCUGGGAACGGACUACUACGAAAAGGCCGCUCCUGUCGUCGAGGAGCAGGUUGCAAAGGCUGGCUUCCGGUUGGCUGCUUGGUUGGACUUGAUCAUCUCGAGCCUCAAGACUUUUGAGCUGCCAGCCUCGUCGGAGCCAGAGCCAGAUCUGGAUUCGGAUGUGCCAGGAGACCUCUAGAAAAGUGUCUCAUAGGUGGUACAACGAAGGAUCCAGGAUGACGGGUUAGGUGCGGUGAUCGUGGCUUCGGUAGUUGAGACGGCAUAUUUCUCUUAUUCAUGAAACGAUUUGCGUUCUGUCGUCGUCGAGAAUAGUUCUGCCGACAGCAGUGAUCAUCAGUGAUAUUCAUUUUUGCAUGAUGGAAACCGUGGCCGCUGGCCAUCUCCGAGAAUAGCCACAUGCUGUGGAUGUAGGCUGUGUCUGAACGUGCCGGACAACGUCAUGACUACACAUCAAUGGUUUGUCUUUGGCGCCAAGGGGAGGCAGCAGUGGACUGUCGUCGUAGCGUAGCUAGAGCUCCCCGAGGAUUCCAGCGAUUAUCUGUUUCGUUUUGGUGAUCUUUCGUCACGGGCCUGCGGCAAUUGCGACGGGUAACGUUGAGAAACUGGAUGGUGCCCUGUUGCCUCGAGGAUGAGAGCUGCCGAUUCAUCCGCUGUGACCUUCAC